AUGCGUGAAUGUCUUUCAAUUCAUAUUGGUCAAUGUGGUGUACAAAUUGGAAAUGCAUGUUGGGAAUUAUAUUGUCUUGAACAUGGAAUACAACCUGAUGGACAAAUGCCAACUGAUUGUACUCUUGGUUCAGGUGAUGAUUCAUUUCAAACAUUUUUUGCUGAGACAGGAGCGGGAAAAUAUGUACCUCGAACGGUUUUUGUUGAUCUUGAACCAACAGUUAUUGUACGAACGGGUACUUAUCGUCAACUAUUUCAUCCUGAAACACUUAUCUCGGGUAAAGAAGAUGCAGCAAAUAAUUAUGCACGAGGUCGAUAUACUGUUGGAAAAGAAAUUAUUGAUUUAGUACUUGAUCGUAUUCGAAAAUUAGCUGAUCAAUGUUCUGGUCUAUUAGGAUUUUUUGUUUUUCAUAGUUUUGGUGGUGGUACUGGUUCAGGUUUUACUUCAUUACUUGUCGAACGAUUGGCUGUUGAUUAUGGAAAAAAAUCUAAACUUGAAUUUGCUGUUUAUCCAGCUCCACGUAUAGCAACUGCAGUUGUAGAACCAUACAAUUCUAUUCUCGUUACACAUAGUACAUUCGAAAAUUCAGAUUGUUGUUUUUGUAUUGAUAAUGAAGCUGUUUAUGAUGUAUGCCGACGAAAUCUUGAUCUUGAAAAACCAACUUAUACAAAUGUUAAUCGUAUAAUGGCACAAGUUAUUUCAUCUAUAACGGCUUCACUUCGUUUUGAUGGUGCUAUUAAUGUUGAUCUUACUGAAUUUCAAACAAAUCUUGUUCCAUAUCCGCGUAUACAUUUUCCUUUAACAACAUAUGCUCCAAUUAUAUCAGCUGAAAAAGCUUAUCAUGAGCAAUUAACAACAUCAGAAGUAACAUCAGCUCUAUUUGAACCUGGUAAUCAAUUAGUUAAAUGUGAUCCAAGACAUGGUAAAUAUAUGGCUUGUUGCAUUCUUUAUCGAGGUGAUGUAGUGCCAAAAGAUAUUAAUGCUACUAUAUCAACAUUGAAAGCUAAUCGAAAUAUUCAAUUUGUUGAUUGGUGUCCAACUGGUUUUAAAAUUGGUAUUAACUAUCAACCACCAACAGUUGUACCUGGUGGUGAUUUAGCCAAAGUUCAACGUGCUGCUUGUAUGAUGGCAAAUACAACAGCUAUUGCUGAAGCAUGGGCCCGACUCGAUCAUAAAUUUGAUUUACUCUAUGCCAAACGAGCAUUUGUUCAUCAUUAUGUUGGUGAAGGUAUGGAAGAAGGUGAAUUCAGUGAAGCUCGUGAAGAUUUGGCAAUGUUAGAAAAAGAUUAUGAAGAAGUUGGAGCUGAUACAGCACCGGCUGAAGGUGAAGAAGAGGGUGAAUAUUAG